GCAAGAGAACGAAUGACGACCAAAGUGCAAGAAUAGUGCGAGGAACUCCGUGACGGAAUUUUCGCUUAUCAAUAAACGAUUAUUCUGUGCUGUUUCCGUUGAUAUCACAAUAAAUUUUGCAUGUUUUGCUUCGCGGGGAAUUCCUAUUGUUGCAGCCGUCAUAUAACAACCAGAACUAUCAGGCGAUUACCGAAAAUGUUCAUUGAGUGAAGUUGUUCGAUUUGAACUAGAUUGUAUGCACUGAUGGCUUUCGGCAAGUGACGAUUCAUCAUUGGAAUAUCAAACGGGAAAAGUGGUUGUUCGUCACUAUUUCUGUGUACAUAAUCAAUUUUACCGACAAGUUCAUAGUAUAAUUCAGUGUUCAACAGAAUCAAGCCUUCUGCAUGGUUGUCCAGCUCAAAAGUGGAAUUAUAUAAAAUAGUGAAUACGAUUUCCUCCCAUAUGCGGCCGAUAAAAUAGUACCCCUUUCAUUCGCUCCGCCGCCGCUCCAGCUUACAACCCGCCCUGUCGCCGUCUUGCUUCGCAGCUUCUGAGAGCAGACGUCCUCACUAUCGACGGACGGACAGAUAGUAGUCAGUGGCGAUUAGCGAGAAAUUACACAAUAAUAGUCGAACGCCGCUAGAGGAAGCUUUUAAUUUUUGUUUUGGAAUCAUUGCUGCCGCCUGUUCCUGCUGAAUUGAAUCGUGAAUAUCGCAACUGGGAAUACUGGAGGAGCGCGAGACACAGCGGAAAAUUGGGCCGAUCAAUUGGAUUAGUGGUGAACGGACGCGAAAAUGAACUUCCUACGCUUUGGCCAGUCGGCGGACAUUGACAUCGUAUUUGAUGGGGCGGAAAACCGCCAAUACGCCGACAUAAAAACUGAGGACGGCAAAAAGGAGAAAUAUUUGCUGUAUUAUGACGGUGAAACGGUUAGUGGAAAGGUUAACAUAACGUUGAAAAAACCCGGCAGCAAACUGGAGCAUCAGGGUAUCAAAGUGGAACUUAUUGGACAAAUCGAGCUGUACUAUGAUCGUGGAAACCAUCAUGAUUUUCUCAGCCAGGUACGCGAACUUGCACGGCCGGGAGAUCUCAUCCAGAACACAUCGUAUCCAUUCGAGUUCGCGAACGUUGAAAAACCAUACGAAGUGUAUGUGGGUGCAAACGUUCGUUUAAGGUAUUUCCUCAGAGUAACAAUUGUGCGCCGGCUUAGCGAUAUCAUCCGCGAAGUAGACAUAGCAGUGCACACACUGUCCAGCUAUCCGGACACCAACAGUCCGAUCAAAAUGGAAGUAGGUAUCGAGGACUGCCUACACAUAGAGUUCGAAUACAACAAGAGCAAGUAUCAUCUUCGAGACGUCAUUGUUGGCAAAAUCUAUUUCCUGCUCGUUCGUAUCAAGAUUAAACACAUGGAAAUCGCAAUUAUAAAGAGGGAACAAACUGGAUCGGGUCCCAAUAUUUUCACGGAGAACGAAAUCAUCGCCAAGUACGAAAUAAUGGACGGUUCGCCAGUGAAAGGAGAAAGUAUACCGAUCCGGGUGUUUCUCGCUGGUUAUGAUUUGACCCUAACGAUGCGGGAAAUAAACAAAAAGUUUUCCGUUCGUUAUUUUCUUAAUCUGGUACUGAUCGACACCGAGGACCGGAGGUACUUCAAACAGCAGGAAAUCACACUUUGGCGCAAGGCGGACAAAACGCGUAAAUCGUUGACUCCAUCGCAGGCUGCCGCGAUUGCAGCCGCUCAGGGUCAGCCCGGAGCUCUUGCCGUCAGUGGAGGUCUGCAACCUCAAGCCAAUGCGACCAAUCCACACAUACCACAUCAUCUGGUGGGGCAGGAAACGGUGCACAAGGAGCUACUGGGGGAUGAUCUGAGCAAUAGUAGCAGUGGAAAGAAGCCCGAAGAGAAUAAUCCCAUCAUGGGGCUUUUCACAGAGGAUAAUUCCCAGUCAGAUCUGCGACCGAAACCUGCUGUUCGACAGCGCAAUGAUGAUACGGCGAUUGGCAAUGACGACAGUAGGUCUGCAUUGAAACCGGAAGAGAUUCCAUCGACGGCCGAUGUCACGGAUGAGGAGACACUGCCACAGUCCCAACAGCAUUUGCACCGGGAAGCUGGUGAUGGCGCCGCAUCUAUCUCACACACCACAGACGAGGAAACGUCUUCGUUGUUCGAUGCGAACGAUUUGAGUUUCAAUGCCAGCAGUAAUGUUCCCGCGGUGGCGGUGAACGACGAAAACUCCUCGACUCCACCUGCUCCAGCACCCGCACCGGAACCGACGGUUAAACCGGAAGCAGCGCCGCGCGAAUCCAAGCAGCAAAAACAACAACUCGAGGAACCACUGUUGGAAUAGGCCACGAUCCACCAAACUGUUCACGAGUAGAGUAUACAAACACACACUAACAUGCACUAAUGCAAACCGAUCUAAACAAAACCAAUAACAACAAGGAAUUUAUUCUUUACAAACAGGUACAACUCUUCUAUUAUUAGCCUUCAUAAAUUCAUAGAGAAAAAAAACUUACUUCACAAACGUAAUUUUGUUCGAAUAUUGGGUUAUUUCUGUUUUAAGCAAUGAUUGCAAGUAAAUCAUUGAUUAUUUUGUGAACUCUCUCUUCACAUUUUCUCCUAUAAACAUAACACAAUUUUUAACCCAAAAAACAAAUCAAAAUUUAGAGCGGUAUCACACGAAAAAUAGCACCAGUUUGGGUAAUAUUUACUAAAGCAAUUUUCAAAAAACGCAUUUCAUUGUCCGAGAAAGGAUAACAACCGAACAAAAAAAUGGAACGUCUUUGAUUACAUUCGUAUUCAAAAAGCCGGAGGCAAUUACUGUAACAAUCCUUUGCAAACCACGUUGAUGAACGAAACUAUAAAUAAGAAAUUGUUGUAUAGUUUACUA